AUGGCCCCUCCAUCGCUUCCAAGAUUCGUAGACCAGCUCAUCACCGAGCUGAUCGCAUGCCACGACCCGAAUGCUAGCAUAGAUGAUGCGAGGGAUGCGCAGGCCCAGAAUUUCCUAUCCACCAUCGCCGGACCACAGCUAGCACAAGCCAAGUCGCUGAUGCUCACAUUGCACUGCCUCUUCCCCAAUGAUCUUCUGCCUGCACUGGACAUUCUGGACCGCCGGCUUGUACGGCGCCUCGUACGUGCGGAUAGAACCAUGGCCGAUCAGCGCCCCCGAACCGAAGAUACUGAAGAUAUCUUCCUGGUCAUGUCAGCCUCGUCUAUCCCACAACCGGGAGCCUCAUCGACCACGCAUGUGCCCGAGAAAGGCUACGAAGUCCGGCUGGAUGCGUGGAAUUGCACCUGUCCCACCUUCACCCUCUCGGCGUUUCGAGAUCUGCAAACAAGAGCAAGCUUGCCUGUCGAGUCACCCUCCAACCCGGACAUGUGGUGGGACCAGGAUGAACCCCGCCGCUAUCCAUUCGGCGGGACUCUCGCCUGUGCUAUAGACCUGGCAUCCCCUCCGGUCUGCAAGCAUGUUCUGGCGUCUCUCCUGUUUGCACGUUCGCCUCAGCUCGGGGGCCGCGGAGAGAAUCUGUGUCUCGUUUCAGCAGAGGAGUUGGCUGGCUGGUGUGCUGGAUAG